AACCAAUCUCUACUUUUGUUUGCUGCUUGUGUGGUACCAUCAAGUGUACGUCAUUUGUACCUUUAGGAUGUAUCUUUACACCUUGUAAAUUAAUUUAAGAUCCAUAAUUGAACCUUGUGGACCACUGAUUUAAAGCAUUAGGCUAAAAACUAAUUAAAGCUACACCACAUCCCCCAGGCAGGAGAUACACUUUUGAUGGUACCAGUGCAGGAACAAGGAAAAGUACAGUUUAGGACUUUUAUUAAAAGUGCCAAGUGGUUCUUUAAAUGUUUUCACACUGAUAAUAGGCUUUAUUAUUUCUGUAAGCCUAAUUGGCCUGCAUUUGGGUUUGCAUUUAAAUAGUUCUAAUUAGUCCUAACUUUUUAGCAUGAUAAAGCAGGGCAAGGAGAGGGAGCUCGUGCACUCAAGUAAACAAGUAAAUAAACAAGUCGCAUAUUUAUUUAAAGCCAGGUUGAAUUGGUGGAUUGAGCCCCUGAAUGCAGACAAUGCAGGGGCAACUUGUCGGAUUAGUUCACGGCUGUCCUCUGCAUGCAUGACAAGAGGCAUAAAAUGGGGGGAAUAUUCAGCAGGAUUAACUUUAAUAGCCUUACCUUCUUUUUUUAUUAACACUUAUUUUAAACCUGUGCGCGUAUAAAUGAGAUUACUGGCAAGCUGAGUGCUUUCUCAUAAUGCUGAAGGAAAUGAGCGGCUGAGGAGGGAAUUAAUAAAAGAGCUCAUUUUCUACCUGGUGGGUAAAAAUAAAAGGGACACUGGCGAAGGGUUUUGUCUCUGGAAAUAGCGAGCUUUAAGGGAUUCUGUAUGGGUAAUAGAUAACACCCCGGUGGUCACGGUUGUAGCGCGUAAUUUGGACACAGAAUUACCUGUAAAUCGACCUGCUGCCCCUUGUGGUGCGCCUGAACCCAUUCAAAUGGAAAGGGUUUACUGGCUUCAUCAGUGACGUGUUGUAGCCUGUGAGUUUUAAAAAAGCCACAGGACAGGUCGAGUUUCAUUUUCUCUAACAACAUUCCUUCAGAGAACUUGGACAUCUUCUUUUUUUAUCUUGCUUUUUUUUUUUUUCUUUGGAAACAUGGCGAGCGUCAGCGCGCACCAGAGCCACCAUUCCCUCUUCACUAUAGACCGCAUCCUGGGUCUGGAGCGACCCGAGCAGAGAACAGCUAUUUACACUCCUCACCGCCCAUGGACAGAUGUGCAACCAACAAAGAACGACUGCUUCGUAAAGACAGGCGGCUCGCUGGAUGUACCUGUGAUGGAUGAGAGGAAAAGUGAAGCACCGGUCGAGAGCUGCAGGCGUUCACUCAACUGGUGCAUCGGACGGAGACCCAGAACUGCCUUCUCCAGCUUACAGCUGGAGAUACUUGAGAGUGUGUUUCAAGUAAACUCGUACCCCGGGAUAGAUGUCCGAGAGGAGCUUGCUCAGAAAUUGCAUCUCGAUGAAGACAGGAUACAGAUCUGGUUCCAGAACAGAAGAGCAAAACUGAAGCGUUCGCAUCGAGAGAAUCAGUUCCUCAUGGUGAAAAAAGUCAUCAAUGGUCUCCAGCAGUGAUUGUAAAAAGAAAACAAAAAGUUCAGAUUUCUGUUUCUUGUUAUAUUGUAAUAUAUUCUGUUGUGACUUAUUUUGAUAGUGCAAAUCAUAUAAUAACUCAAAUAACUUAUGUCAUUUAAUGGCUUAGAUAAGCAGCUGAUUAAUUAAAAUGUACUUUAACAUCACA